AUGGGUGCUGAGGGAUUAAAUUAUAGCCUGGAAACUAUGCAACAAAUCAAUGAAGAGUUUGGAGAUGAAGCAGAUGAAGAAACACUUUCUCUUUGUGAUCUUGUGAUGAGCAGUGAUGUAAAUGAGUAUUGGAAUGAUGAUUUCUCCAAAGAAGAUCAUCAUCAUGAUCAAGAUUUCUUUGAGUUCUUCAGUGAAGAUUUUCCUGCUGCAGCAGCCUCAAGUACUUAUCCUGAGGAUAAUAACAUCAUUUUCUGUGGGAAACUCAUUCCUUUGAAAGAAGAUGUCAAGCAAGAAAAUGAAAAGAAGAAGAAGAACAUCAGCAGCUGCAUUUUUCCAUGGAAAAAGUCAUCACAUUCAAUAUUCAACAAGUCAAGAACAUUUCCUUCAUCAUCAUCAUCAUCAGCAAAAGAAUCACGAGGAAAGAGUUUCAACAAGUCUUUGUCAUUGCCAGCUUGGGGCUCCAAAAAUAACCAUGGGAAAUUUGGGAGUGAAAUUAAGAAAUUGGGUGAUGAUGAAAAGUUUGACUUUUCUGUUAAGAAAGUAUCGAUAUUAGCAACUCCAGUCAAGUCAAGAUGGUAUUUGUUUGCAUUUGGAGUGGGAAGAUUUCCAAUGGAGAUUGAGCUUAAGAACAUGAAGAUGAGGCAGAGCAGGAGGAAGAGUAAGGCAAUGAAGUUUCAAGUACCGGACUGCGGCGAACCGGAAAAUGUCAAGGGUGAUAAGGAAAGGAGGAGAUCAACCAAGGGUUUGUGGAGGUUGCUUAAGGUUUUAGGGUGGAAUAUUAAGUAUACGAAUGCUUCUGUAAUUUUUUAA